AUGCCGCGGGACAGAGUCAUCACCACGUUGAAUGACUUAUUUCGCGACAAAGAACCUAUAACACGCCGGCGAAUCGAGAUCCUCAACUAUCGAUACGACAAAGCGACCCCCAUCACGGAACAUAUCGAUCGUAUAAAUCGACACGCCUCAGACUUUGAUCGCGCGAAACUCACGGACGACAACCUAUGGAUUUUACUACUGCUACAAUCCUUCUGCUACUCAAGCGAAAACGACGAGUUAAAACGAAUAGCUCUCCGCGUAGUGGAAAAAAACGUAGAUGCAUCGCUUAAGGACAUAGUUGCAGAGUUAGAAGCUCAUAUUAACGUGUCAACUAGCCUCAAAAUGCUGGAAAAUCCGGUCGCAAAUUCGCCUACCACAGCGAUAAACGCCGUUCACGCGAAGUCUAAGGGGCAAUUCAAGCAAGGUGGUCCGAAGCAAAAACCGGUGCAGCCAUCAUCGGAUCAAAAGUGCAACGGUUGCGGAGGUGAUCAUCAACGCUCAAAGUGCCUUUUCAGUGAAGCUGUGUGUCAUGAGUGUUCGCGUAAAGGACACAUCGCCAAAGUGUGCCGUUCAAAACAGAAAGACGUAAAACGCAGUGUCAAAAGUGCGAGUCUCGUGACGCAAUCACUUACCUCGGUCGGUAAGCAUCGUCGAAAAUACGUACCAGUGACUAUCCUCGGUAAAGUCGUUAAUCUGCAAUACGACUCGGGUUCAGACAUUAAGUUGAUCGGCAAAGACGAAUGGGAGCGACGCGGCUCUCCAGACCUCGUCGCGAGUGAAAUCGUUGAACACGCGGGCGGGAGUGAGUUCAAAAUGAUCGGCAAGUUCAAGUAUUCGGUACAAGCUCUCGACCGUAACGCCGAACUGGAAAUUGACGUCGCAAACCGUGUGGGAGUGAACUUAUUCGGACUAAACGCGAUCGAUAGUCUCGACCUAUGGUCUGUGCCACUCAGUGAAUACGAAAACCCGGAAAUCAUAUUUCGUGUCCAAAGUUCGGAAACUCCCAAACCCAAGUUCGCGGCUGUACAAAUUCCGUGCAGACCGAUCCCAUACGCGAUAGAGAAACCUCUCGAGGAAGAAGUGCAACGCCUUGAAGACAAGGGUAUUAUCGAACGCGUCGAAUUCUCUAACUGGACCACACCCCUCGUGAUCGCAAAGAAGUUCAACAGCAAGAUGCGUCUAUGUGCAGACUACGACACCGGCGUGAACCGCGCGCUGAUCGACAACCGACACCCUCUACACAACGUGGAAGGUAUCAUCACCAAACUAAACGGAAAUCGCUUUUUCAGCGUACUCGACUUGAGCGAUGCUUUCUUCCAACUGGAAAUCGCUGAAGAUCAUCGAGAAAUAACUACUAUUACCACACCCAAGAGACUCUUCAGGUUCAGACAACUACCUUUUGGCAUCAAGACAGCACCUGCUAUGUUCCAACAAGCCAUGGAUAGUAUGCUAGCAGGGUUGCAAGGAGCUUGCGCGUAUAUUGACGAUGUAGUUGUCACUGGCUCCAACCGCCAGGAACACGAUCCCCUUGUUGCGCUGCUCCAACCAGACGAUACGAAAGGUCUCAAACUCACCACAGCCGCACGUCUUAAAAGAUGGGCGUUGAGACUCCUAGGAUACGACUUUCGCAUCGAACACAUCCGAGCGCAGGACUUCGGCCACGCGGACGCGCUAUCAAGCUUGAUAGAAAAAUUCCAUCGCGACAACAGCGGAAAACUUCGAGUGGCUAGCAUCCGGGCUGUAGAAGAAGCGGUCCAGCAAGUCAGAAACCUGUCUAUCGACAUCUUCGGAAUAAAUCUACGAGACAAACUCAGAUCAGCAGCAUUAGAAGAUUAA